GGGUUAGCGCCUCCGAUCCGCCAGCACCACCUGAGGAUCCCGGAAGCCGGCCCGCGAUGGAAGAGGACCAGGAGCUGGAGAGGCAUUCCCGCUGUGGUCUGAUACUCCGUCGCGCCUAGGCUGCCAUGCUGGUGUGCCCCUGUCCCCGCCUGGCCACCACAGGGGUGGGGGCUCAAGUUGCCCACGACCAUCGGCUCCUGUCAUUGCAUUUCUUUGCCCUGUGACAUGUGACCUCACUGUCGUGUCUUCAUCAUCAUUGUCUCUUCCAUCUCCCCCAGCAUCUCCUCCUCUGGCUACAGGAAAGCAAUUGAAGAACUGCUUAAAGAGGCAAAACGUGGGAAAACAAGAGCAGAAACCAUGGGACCUAUGGGUUGGAUGAAGUGCCCUCUCGCUGGGACAAAUAAAAGAUUUCUCAUUAACACAAUUAAGAACACGCUGCCCUCCCAUAAAGAGCAAGACCCUGAGCAAAAAGAGGGCAGCAAGGAACCUGCAAAAAGCCAGAGCCAGAAAGAAGAGAACCGGAAGAAGCACAGAGGCCACCCCUACAAGCACAGCUUCCAGGCUCGGGGCCCCAGCAGCCGCUCCCCGUGCAAGAAGUGCAGCAAGCAGGAGAAGGAGAAGCGCUCCAACAGGCGAUGAGGCGGGCCCCAGCCGCCGGCGCUGUUUCCUCUGGGCCAGGGGUGUGCGGACGAGCCUGUGAGGACAGGCCUUGGGCUGCAGAGCAAGCACCGAGGAGUGACUUUCAGGGUCAGUCCUUUGCUGUUGUGACAAGGAAAUGAGUCCAAGGGGACUUGCCCUGAAGGUGUUCGAGCAUGGUUCAGCUCCUUCAGCCGGGCGUCCUCCUGUACAUGUGUCCUGUUUUCAUUCUCUCGUUUGGAAGUUGGUUUCAAAAUAAACCUAAGACUUCCGAGUUUUCAGAGAUUGUUAUGACUAGUUCCGAUUUUUUUUUUUUUUGGAUGUGUUACAAUUGUGGUCGUCUCUCCAAUUUCUCCAAAAAAUAAAACCCUUGUAAAUGCUAUACGUUAUCUUUUUGGAUGAUGAAUUUAAAAUUCAGAAGUCAUCCCACCGGUAACCACAGUCAGGAAAAGAGGUAGCCCUUCAAGGGCUAGAAAUUUACCAUGAAACUCUUUGUUUUGUUUUCCUGUAAGUGAGCAAUGUAGGAAAUUCUCAAAAUGGUUUUGAAUUUAGUGUUUCAUAUCAGUAACCAGAGGUUAAAAAAUUGGCCCUGUGGUUUCCUUGUGCAUUCUCAAACUCACUCCUAAGAUAGAACAACUUUUCUAUAUUUAAUUUUUUGGGGAAUAUGUAAGUUUUAAGUGGUGCUUUAAAAAGAACCCUUAAAGUUAAAAUUAACGUAAGUAUUUUAGUGCUAUGUCUUAUUUAGCUACAGACUAUAAUACCACUCAGUAUAGUUGUUUCAGAAAUCUUAAUUUUAAAUAAAAGUGUGUUUACAAC